ACGGCGGGCUUUAGACAUGCUCUCCGCAGCUUCGUCUACCCCGCUUCUUCGGUCUCUGGCAGACGCUCUGUCUUCGAAGUCGGUCUCACAGGCAAGAAUUGUAGAGACUUUCCAGACUGUGAUCAUCACCGUGUGCGUUGUGCCUCCUAUUAGUCCGCCUCCAAUAUGAGUCUGACAGAAUACUUCAAUUAUGUUUGGUCCCUCCGCGACCCAAGAACUGAGGGAUGGGGCUGGUCCGCGAACUAUAAGUUCAUAUUCCCGCUUAUCGGCCUCUACCUGUACGUGGUGAAGAUCCAGGGACCGAAAUUCAUGAAGAGUCGCCCGGCUUAUCAAUUGAAGCCAUACAUUCUUACGUACAAUGCUUUCAUGGUCAUAACCAACGCGUACUUCUUCUGGAACUACUGGAAGAGAUCCUAUGGAGGAGGAUAUUACAGUUGGUUCUGUCAGGGGGUGUCCUACUCGAGAGACAAGAAUUCGAUGGAGAUCUUGGAGCUGACAUGGUGGUACGUCUUGGUUCGGAUAGCUGACUUCAUCGACACGAUCUUCUUCCUCCUACGAAAGAAGUACGAACACAUCUCCAUGCUCCAUGUGGUUCAUCACACGCUCGUCGUGUUGUCGGGCUGGCUUUGGCUGAACUUCGGCACUGACGGCCAAAUUCUGCUGGGAAUCUGCAUAAACGCGUUCAUCCACAUCAUCAUGUAUACAUACUAUGGGCUCGCAGCCCUCGGACCGUGGACACAGAAGUACCUGUGGUGGAAGAGGUAUCUCACGAAACUACAGAUAAUCCAAUUCUUGAUUUUGAACACUCAUAUUUCGAUCCCACUGUUUUACAACUGCGGAUAUCCGCGCGCACUCACUCUCCUGGCCGCCGGUCAGGGUGUCGUGGGCCUGAUUCUAUUCGUGAACUUUUACAUAAAGAGAUAUUGUGUGUUACGGAGCCCCGCGGGUGCCGGCCAAACGGUAAAACCUUCCGAUACAUGUCGAAAGCCAGCGGGCGGAAUCCAGAAAGAGACUGAGCCAUCGCCGCUUCGGAUGCUAGAGAAGGCUCGAAAAGAAUGCUGUCGGCAGAGGUCCGUCCGCGUACCACCCUUCAUCUGUUCUCAAAUAGAACGAGGAAGCCGGACCGAAUGAGAGAUGACGGGUCUAUGCGCGACCGGCGAGAAGUAUCUUGAAUAAAGUAUCGUUGGCGGACAA